AUGUUCCCCAUUUUCUCCCGGGACGAUACCACCCAGAUAGCCACGUCGACACACCAUUGCAACGCAGAGACAGUCGUUAACGCCGCCAUAUGGCCCAUGCUCGCCGUCUCGACCAUAUUCUUGGGCCUGCGAAUCUACUGCAAGGCCGUCCGCGUGCGAUGGAUGGUCUGGGUCGACGACUACCUCCUCCUCGCCGGCUGGGCGUUCCUCGUCGUCUCCUCCGGGCUGCUGAGCAGGCUCGUGCACCUGGGCUUCGGCAAGACGCUGAUCAUGACGCCAACGAUGAGCACGGUUCUUUACUGCGCCGAUAACACGCACAAGCUCGCGUUGGCGCUGACAAAGACGUCGUUUGCUGUGACGCUGCUGCGGAUCGCAACCGGGUGGCAGAUCUACCUGAUCUGGUUUCUCGUCGUGAGCAUGAAUAUUCAGUUCUUGGUGCACAUCAUCUUGACCUGGAGAGCGAUCUGCCCGCGGGUGCCAGGAGACACGACACCGCAUCUUCCGGGCACCUGUUGGGAGGCACACGAGGCCAUUACCUUGGGCAUAUUCGGUGGCUUCUAUUCUGCUCUUUCGGACUUUGUGCUCGCCCUUCUGCCGUGGAAGAUUGUCAUGGGGCUGCAGAUGAGGAAACACGAGAAGAUUGGCGUUGCCGUUGCCAUGAGCAUAGGGGUGCUGAUGUUGCUGACGGGUCGACAGACACAUGGAAACUCGCCGUCUUCUGGAUCUGGGCCGAAGCCGAACCCAAUGCGACCAUCAUCGCGGCUUCGAUUCCCGGUUCUCCGUGUUCUCGUUCGGAACGUGCGCAGCGGUCGCGGUCCCUCUGCGUAUCCCUCCGGACAGUACAUCAAGUCCGAUACGUUGAGCAAGUUUCAAGCGCCGAGCAACGCUGUCAACACAGUCGACGACGACGGGUUCGCGUUGAGCAAGGGCGAUGCCAGCAGCGACCGGAGCAUACUACCCCGAGAAUUGGAGCAGCAAGGGGGCAUUACGAGGACGCGGGAGGUCACGGUCGAGUACGACUCGAGCAGCCGCCAGUCAAGCAGGGCAGUGGAAGAGUCGGAAGAGGGCAUAGAGUUGUCGGAUCGUUGGUCGCCUCCACGGCGCAGGACGAGCGUGAUGAGUAUCAGAGAGAGACAAGAGGUAAGAUGGCGACAAGGGAGAAAAAAAAACCCCCCCCAAAAACGAGACAUUAAAUGA